AUGGCUUCACUGCUUGAGCGUAUGGGGAAUCCCCCUACUACCGGCGCUAUCCGUUCAAAGGGUACUCACUCAAGUCGAUCCUCGACACCAUAUAGCAGACCUCCCAAGGCAGACAUUGACAGCCAAUGGGGACAUGAUAUGUACGAAUCAGAAAACAACCUUUCAGCACGUCUCGGCGUCCAGCCUGUAGCGCCCCGAGUCAACUUUGGACCUGCAAGAAAAUUCGUCGAAAAAGCAGCAGGCAUCUCCUCAUCAGAAUUGUCAAUAAAGGGUGCCAGCCAGAACAAUGUCGUCGAGGUUACCGGUCUUGUGAAGGGAACAACGGCAGAGGACGUGGCUGCAAUCUUUAAGCGCUGUGGCGCGAUAACAGAGUCCAAGCUCAUGGCUGCCUCUCCCGAGGUGGUGAUUCGACUCACAUUCAAAGACCCCUCGUCUGCCAAAGCUGCUGUUGCCAAAUUUGACAAGCAACAGGCUGACGGUAAGACGCUGUCCGUCGUGAUUGUUGGCUUGCACAAAGGCCCUUCACUGUUUGGGAGACUGGCUGGCCCGGAUGGUAUGGGGCUUGUGAUGAAGGAAGGCAGUGUGGACGUUUUGAUGGACUCAGAGAACGACAACGGCUCAAAAAUGAGGUCAGAUGCCAUAUUGAAGGAUCCGCGGGCGCAGGUUCUCGUUGCUCCACCUGGUGCUGAUCCAAAGGAGUAUACACAGGUGCCGUGGCGAGGUGGUCGUGGUGGGGGACGAGGUGGACGAGGAAGACGCGGCGGCGGUGGCAGACGACCUGGGAACGGCGGGAACAGGAAGAUGGAUAUCGACUGA